UGUCACUGUCAAGUCAAAAAUUAAACAGAAAGUGUAAACUGUAAGUCAUUGUUGAAUUUGCAGAAGUUACAGUUGUUUUAAAAAGAAAAUGUUUAAUUCUGCUGCACCUCCUUUGUGGCAUAAUGGCCCGGUACCCGGAAACUUUUAUAAUUUUCCCGGCUCGCAGACCAGCUAUUCAAACCCUAUAACACAUACACAGUCUCCCGUUACAACAUCAACUUCUGUAUUAGCUAUUACUUACGAUAAAGGAGUACUGAUGGCCGGAGAUCUGGUUGCUUCAUAUGGAUCUUUAGCUAGGUACAGAAAUUGUCCGAGGGUUAUUAAAGUCAAUCAGAAUAUCAUCUUGGGAGCCGGUGGAGACUAUGCUGAUUUUCAAUAUGUGAAGAGUUUUAUUGAGCAAAAAAUAAUUGAUGAAGAAUGCAUUGAUGAUGGACUAAAAAUGAAACCAAAAUCGUUGUACUGUUGGCUUACCAGAGUAAUGUACCAACGGAGGAGUAAAUUAGACCCAUUUUGGAAUAAUUUGGUUAUAGGAGGAAUCCAGGAUGGAGUCCCAUUUCUAGGAACUGUAGAUAAAUUAGGAACUGCAUAUACCGACAAAGUUAUAUGUACAGGUUAUGGAGCGCACAUAGCCUUGCCCCUUCUUAGAGACUCUUUAGACAAAAAUGGGGCUCUUAACUUAGCUGAUGCCAAGACUCUCAUACACAAAUGCAUGGAAGUGUUGUUCUAUAGAGAUGCUAGAAGUUUUCCUAAAUAUCAGCUUGGUAUUAUUGAUAAAGAUGAUGGUGUCAGCAUUGAGGGCCUAUUUCAGUUGAAGAGAACUGGAAUAUUGCUCAUAUGACAUAAUUUUUCUUAAUUUUGAUUAUUUUGUAUUGAAACUAUAUUAUACAUUCAUGGAAGUCUGUGUUUAAUAAUAAACUUUUUGAUAAAACUAUAAAAUA